AAAAGUCCCACUCCCACGCGUUUUACAGCCAGAGGAGAUUCUCUCUCUCGCUCGCUCUGUGUGCCCGUCCAUUUCACUUCCUCCUCAUCUCUGCAUAAUUGAAUCACCGACUGUAGGUACUGGUCUCUACAUUUCUCUGCGGGAUCAAUCGGAGGUGCUCAGAAUAUAUGGCGUUGGUAACAACUGCUGAAGUUUGUGAUGCAAACCCGCAACUUCUUGUGAGUGGUGAACUCCGAGCACUCCAACCAAAUUUUCAGAUAUUUGGCAGACGCCCGAUGUUCUCUGGACCAAUAGUGACCCUCAAGGUGUUUGAAGACAACGUUUUGGUUCGCGAGUUUCUUGAGGAGAAAGGAAAUGGCAGAGUUCUUGUUGUAGAUGGUGGUGGGAGUUUGAGGUGUGCCAUACUUGGAGGCAAUCCUGUAGUACAAGCCCAAAACAAUGGAUGGGCAGGUAUAGUGGUUAAUGGCUGCAUAAGAGAUGUGGAUGAAAUCAAUGGUUGUGAUAUUGGUGUUAGAGCUCUGGCUUCUCAUCCAAUGAAAGCUAAUAAGAAAGGAAUUGGGGAGAAACAUGUCCCCAUAACCAUUGCUGGGACCAGAAUCUCUGAUGGGGAAUGGCUCUAUGCAGACACCGAUGGCAUCCUGAUUUCUCGCACAGAACUUUCUCUCUGAGCUUGUUCUCCACAGAACAGGUUUUGUGAGAACCUAUUUGUGGUAGUAGGCUGUAAGUUUUAUACUUAAUCUUGUGUUGCUUGAGCUCUUUCUUGAAUACUAGUUUGCUAAGCCCUUUCAGUUUGAUCAAAGUCUAUGAAGCUCCAGAAUAUGCUAAUUUGUUCCUUGUAACUGCUAUUUAGUUCAAUAAUACUUAAGAAAUUAUUAUGUUGCUCUCUCUUUAUAUGU